AUGGCAUUGACUUCUUUGGCUAAUCCUACCUCUCUGGUUUCAUCAAUAAAAGAUAUCCACAAUGAUCUUCACCGGUCAUACUCUAGUAGAGACCUGUGCAAUCGUGCAAGAAUCAAGGGGAGAUUUUCUUCAGCUGAUAACCAUGUUUGUUAUUGCAUCAAUCGUAUCCAUGCAACAUUAACAGAACCAGAACGAGAGAAGAGUCCUUUCAUGGGAAGUUCCUCGUUCCAUAGUCAGGGUUAUAUCAAUCCAAAUUUGCUACGAUCAUAUUCAUUUGAUCCAGACUCGAGUGAGCAUAUGAACACAGAGGAAAAUGAGCUGAAUGAGGUGGAGAGCUCUCAGGAGAUUAGUGAAGGGAAGGAACUAAAGAGAACCAGUUGGCUAAAGAGUCUUUUCGAACUCGGCAGAAAGAUGAAUAUUUUGCAGCAAAAAGCUGUAUCCUUUACAGACAACUAUCCUGAUGAGGAAUGGAGAUCCAGAUCAUAUGAUCGUGACCUUUUCUCCAGAUAUUUGGUUCGAGUGCCAUGGUCAGAUGCCAAAUUAUUUUCUCAGUUAGCCUUCUUGUGCAACUUGGCUUAUAUAGUACCAGAGAUUAAGGCCACGGAUUUGAAGGCAUACCAUGGCCUACAAUUUAUAACAUCUUCAUCAAAAAUCAAAUCAAAAUUUGAUCAGAAGUCCAAUCCACUGACUGCAGCGUUUCGUAUCCGAAUGUUCUCAGCAGAAGAUUAUGUCCGCGCAAUAAGCCAAUAUCAGCAGAAGGUUGCCAGAGAAAACUCCUGCACAAAUGGAGGGAGCUCAAGCAAGAACAACAAGUCAGAGAAAUAUGAAAACAUAACAAAAAAAUUGACGUUAAUGUUUGCAGCAGGUGAUGAGGAAAACCAAGGAGCAACAAAGGACAUCAAGUCGCUGCAAUCCUUACCUUGCGAGUGGUUUGUUUGUGAUGAUCCCACUACGUAUACUCGUCAUUUUGUGAUUCAGGGUAUACACUCCCUUGGAUCCUGGCAGACAUAUUUCUUAUUUGAACCCAUUGAAUUUGAGGGGACUAAUGUACUUGUUCAUCGAGGAAUCUAUGAACUCGCUAAGAAAUUUUACCAUCAUUUCGCACCCAAAAUAAUCGACCACUUGGCGAGACAUGGGGAGCAAGCGAGGCUUCAAUUUACUGGCCAUUGUCUUGGAGGAAGCCUAUCUGUUAUAGUUUACUUGAUGCUACUGACUAGGAAGGUCGUGGAACCCUCAACUCUUCUGCCUGUCGUAACAUUUGGCUCCGCUUAUGUGUUCUGUGGAGGCCAGAAAAUAUUUGAACAACAAGGACUGAAUGAGCUUGAUCACAUCCGCUGUGUUAUGCUGCCCAGAGAUAUUUUUCCUAGAUCUUUCUCCUCCAAUUACCCAAAUCAUGUCACAGCAUUUCUCAAGCUGUUACAUGGUCCAUUUGAGUCACUCCCUUGUCUAACAAAGAAGAAGAUGUUGUACUCUCCCAUGGGUAAACUAUAUAUUAUUCAACCUGGUGAAAUGUCAUCUCCUCCACACCCUCUACUCCCUUUACGGGGCGAUCUCUAUGCUUUGGAAAGUACCAAAAAUGGAUUCCCCUCAAGAGUCUUGAGAGCCUUUUUGAAUUCCCCACAUCCACUAGAAACACUAAGUGAUCCUAGAGCUUAUGGUUCAGAAGGUAAAAUUGGGAGGGAUCAUGACUCGAGCAACUAUCUUCGAGCCUUGAAUGGGGUCCUUAGGCUAUACACCAGAAGCACUGUCAGGAAUGCAAGAAAGCAGAGUAAUAAGUAA